UAAAUCGAUCGCGUUCAAAUUUUGUAGAUUUUGCAGAUACACUUUUUUUUAGCAAAUUUGUAAAAUGUGGCGGUUUUGUGGAACGAUUUAUAUCUUUUUAGCUGUUGGUGUGUCGACUCUAUUAGGAUCGAAGCUAUCGGAAGACCAAAAAUUGUAUGUGGAUGAGCAUAAUACUUAUAGAUCCGGAGCCAAUCCAUCAGCCUCCAAUAUGAAACAAAUGGAGUGGAAUUCGACGCUGGCAUCUUUAGCUAAAGAAUGGGCAUCAAGAUGUGUAUUUGAACAUGGGCAUCCUGAAAAUAAUAUAAAUGAGUGGAUAGGGCAAAACUUGUUUUGGAGCUCAUACCCCGACAACAUAAUAGUAAAUGCUAUAAGAGCGUGGCACUUCGAAGCAAGUGAUUAUGACUUCAACAGCAAUACCUGUGCAUCAGAUAAGGUUUGUGGUCAUUACACUCAAGUUAUGUGGGCUAAUAGUUAUAAGAUUGGAUGUGCGUUAUCACCACCAGAAUGUGAAAAUGGUUACAUUCUCGUUUGUAAUUAUUUACCGGGUGGAAAUUAUGCAGGCGAAAAACCCUACAAAAAAGGAGCUUCGUGCACUCAAUGUGAGAUGGGUUGGCAGGGAGGUUGCGAUAAAAAUUUAUGUACCAGAGGUGACCGACCAAUGUCAAACCCAAUAGAAGAAAUAUCAAAGGUCUUUGCAGACAGUUUACAGGAAAUGUUCAAACCGAAAUAGGUUCAAAACGAA